AUGUCGGACGCUCCCGAUAGCUCGCACAAGCGGUCCAAGUCGGCUGCCGCGCUUUCGCUGAUUCGUCGCAAAGACACGCACGACGACGAAUCCAGCUCAGAAGAAGGCCGAGGAGCCGCUGCGCCAUCCCCAAACAUUGCGCCCAAAGCCUCGGCCGGCUCAAACACCAGCGUCUCGUCGCAGAAGCCCGGCCACGCCCACAAGCCCUCGAGAACCUCGGCCAUGCUCAGCAGAACAACCCCCAACCCGCCCCCGGUGUCCAGGUCGCCCGACAAAACGGCCAGCCUAGAGCAGUCGGUGCGCAAGUUCAGGGUCGUCGAGGCGCUGCGCAGCGGCGACACUGCCUCCAUCUCAAAGGCCAUCCGCGACACGGCCGACAUUGGCGGCCGCCCCAGCACCUCAUCCAUGUCCACCCUCGGCCCCGGUCCCCUCGAAGACACUACCAUCCUUCACCUGGCCAUCCAGUGCGCCGAGUUCCCCGUCAUCGAGUACGUCCUCUCCAACUCGCUCGAUAGCAUCGACGUCAACGCCCGAGACAAGGACGGAAACACCCCGCUGCACGCCGCCGCCACCCACGGCCGCACCCCCGUCGUCAAGCUGCUCCUCGAACAGAAGGGCAUCAACGACGCCGUCGCCAACCAACAGGGCAAGCUGCCCAUCGACUUGGCCCGGAACCCCGAAAUCUUCCAGCUCCUCCAGCUGUCUCGCUCCUUGUUCGCCGAAGCCAAGGUGCAGCAGAUCCAGGAACUCAUCGCCAAAAACGACUACGACACCCUCGCCCUGGUCUUGGAGGAGCCGCGCCUCAAGACGGUCCUAGACAUCAACAGUCCAGAGUUCGCCUCCGAUCCCAUCACCGUCCAGUCCGGCGGCACCUUGCUCCACGAGGCCGCCCGCAAGAAGAACACGCAGCUCAUUCAAGUCUUGCUGCUCCACGGCGCAGACCCUUUCCGACGUGACCGAAAGGGGAAACUUGCCCAGUCCGUCACCAGCGACGACGGCGUCAAGGCCAUGCUCAAGAAGUCGCCCGCUGCCGUUGCAGCACAGAGGGGCAUCCAGGAAAAGGCCGUGCUGGGCCAUGCUGCCUCGCAGGGCGCCUCCUCGGCCGGACCGGGCGACCUGACGGCUGGCAGAGAGGCGCGCGAAAUCAAGGGCUACCUGAAGAAGUGGACCAACUACCGCAAGGGAUAUCAGCUGAGAUGGUUCGUACUCGAGGACGGAGUCUUGAGCUACUACAAGCACCAGGACGAUGCAGGCUCUGCCUGUCGAGGCGCCAUCAACAUGAAGAUUGCCAAGCUCCACAUGAGCGCCGACGAGAAGACAAAGUUUGAGAUUAUCGGCAAGUCGUCCGUCAAGUACACUCUCAAGGCCAACCACGAAGUGGAGGCCAAGCGCUGGUUCUGGGCCCUCAACAACUCGAUCCAGUGGACCAAGGACCAGGCCAAGGAGGAGCAGCGACAGGCCGCCCGGAGCGCCGAGCUUCUCAGGCAGGCCAAGGCGGACCAGAGCGGCUCUCUCUCCGUACGGCGCCUGUCGAAUGCCAAGAUGCCGGCGGGAGUCAGCACAGCAGGCAGCAUCGACGAUGACGAGCUCCUGGACGCCGGGACGGAGGGUGACGGUGCCUCCAGGGCCCCAGGCAACGGCGCGUCGGCCAUGCUCGGGGACCACGACGACGACGACGACGCUGCAGACGACAAGAGCAUCAGCGAGGAGCCUGGCGCGACCAAAGAUGCGCUUAACAUCACGGCGCAGUCGGCCAAGCUGCAGCUCGAGACCAUGUCAAGCGUCCACGCCGCACUGCAAGCCGAGGCCUCCCACAGCCCUGCAACGCCGCUGUCGGACACCAAGGUGACGCAGGCGCUGUCCACGUACGACGCGGCAAUCCGCAGCCUGACAGGUCUCGUUGGCGACCUGCUUCGCAUCUCGAGAGACCGCGACGCCUAUUGGCAGUACCGGGUGGACCGCGAGGCAAACAUGCGACGGAUGUGGGAGGAGAGCAUGCAGCAAGUGGCGAGGGAACAGGAGGAGCUAGAAGCCCGUGUCGGCGAGGCGGAGACCAAACGUCGCCUGACGAAAAAGGCGCUGAGGGAGGUCAUGGAAGGGGGUGUCGUGUCUUCGGCCAACACGCCGACUGCCGAAAAGGUGCAGCCAGAGGUGGAGAUGGAGGCCAGAUACCUCGGUAGCCUGGGGCGCAAGGGCACGGCGCUCGAUCAGCUCGGGGAGCUCUCGGAAAGCGACUCGGACAACGGGGACGAGUUUUUCGACGCCGUUGAUGCGGGCGAGGUCGAGGUGACCGAGAUGCCACCCGACGAGACGAGCCACGAGGGCACAGGACUUGUCGUCUCUGGGCUCGAUAUUAGCCCGUCGUUUAAAGGCUACGAAAAUGGCAUCAGACAUCGGCUCAAGAUGGAUGCCGACGAUCGUCCCAAGAUAUCACUAUGGGGUAUUUUGAAAUCCAUGAUUGGCAAGGACAUGACCAAGAUGACGCUACCCGUGUCGUUCAACGAGCCGACGUCGCUCUUGUACCGCUGCGGCGAGGACAUGGAGUACGCAGACUUGCUGGACCAGGCCGUGGAGCGCGCCGAUUCGAUCGAGCGGCUCAUCUACGUGGCGGCCUUUGCGGCCAGCGAGUACGCGUCCACCAUUGGCCGCGUGGCCAAGCCCUUCAACCCACUGCUUGGCGAGACAUUUGAGUAUGUGCGGCCGGACAAGAACUACCGCUUCUUCAUCGAGCAGGUCAGCCACCACCCCCCCGUCGGCGCAGCGUGGGCAGAGUCCCCCCACUGGACGUACUGGGGCGAGUCGGCCGUCAGGUCCAAGUUCUACGGCAAGUCGUUUGACAUCAACCCCCUCGGCACCUGGUUUCUCAAGCUCCAGCCCAAGGCGGGCGGCAAGGAAGACUUGUACACGUGGAAGAAGGUGACGUCGUCAGUCAUUGGCAUCAUCACGGGCAACCCGACCGUCGACAACUACGGGCCGAUGGAGAUCAAGAAUUGGACAACGGGAGAGGUGGCGAUGAUUGAGUUCAAGCCGCGCGGGUGGAAGGCGUCGAGCGCAUAUCAGAUUGCGGGCAAGAUUCUGGAUGCGCAGGGCAACGUGCGCUUCAGCCUGGGCGGGCGGUGGAACUCGAAACUCUAUGCCCGACUGACGCCCGGAUACGAGGCCACGGUGGACGAUCCCAAGGACAGCGGGCCGGUGGACAGCGGAGGACUGACGGACCCAAGCCGGGCGUACCUGGUGUGGGAGGCGAACCCGCGGCCGCCGGGCAUCCCCUUCAACCUGACGCCGUUUGUCUUGACCUUUAACCACAUCGACGACAAGCUCAAGCCGUGGCUGGCGCCGACGGACUCGCGGUUGCGGCCGGACCAGCGCGCCAUGGAGGACGGCGAGUACGACUUUGCGGCCGAGGAGAAGAACCGGCUGGAAGAGAGCCAGCGGGCGCGGCGUCGGGAGCGCGAGGCCAGGGGUGAGGAGUUUGUGCCGGCGUGGUUCACCAAGACGAGGUGCGAGGUGACGGGCGAGGAAUACUGGCAGUUCAACGGCAAGUACUGGCAACAGCGGGACAAGGCGGGGCCGAGCGGAGACGACAAGGCGUGGGAGGGACUGGAGCCCGUCUUUUCAUGA